AGCACCCAGCUGAGAGCAACCCAGGACUGUGGCCCUCCCUUCUACCCAGACGCCUCAUCUCUUGAGAACACUGCUUCAUGGAGACAAACUGAGUUAGCAGGACAGGAGAUGGCAGCAUCCACAGGAUUCAGAGCCAGACCCUGGCUUAUUUGGGGUGGGGACACCACUGGCAAUCCCUGAGGUAGGAAGAGGUCUUUCUCCAAGGAGAACAUCCACAGAAACUGAGAGGAAAAUCAUGGAGUCUCCCAAGGUCUUCAUGAGGCAGCUGCCGAUCACACCAGGCUACAGUGGCUUCGUGCCGUUCCUGAGCUGCCAGGACACCUCCAGUGAGGACAGCAUGAACCGCUGUCUGCAGAGCUUCCAGGAGAGCACGCAGCGAUACAAAGACCAGCUGGAGGAACUGCGCUGCUCCGUGGCCACCGCCCCAAAGCUGAAACCCAUCUGCUCCGAGGAGACGGUCCUGCGGGCACUGCAUGAAUACGCCCGGCGAUACCACCCCCUGACUCUGGAAUGCAAGAAUAUGAAGAGACCUCCCCAGGAGCCCCCAAUCCCUGGCUGGGCAGGCUUUCUGCCCCGAGCCAGGGUCACCGAGCUGGGCUGUGCCACAAGGUACACGGUCAUGGCCAAAAACUGCUACAGAGACUUCCUGGACAUCAAGGAGCGGGCCACCAGGGCACGUCAGAAAUCUUAUGAGAAAUUACAAGGAGGUGGCUCUACACAACCUCCUACUGCUUCUCCCAAAAUUUUACACCAUGAAGGACCACUGCCCAAAUACCCAGACUUCUCUAUUUCAGGUGGAAGCUGCUCUGCCCUUGGAAGACCCCUGAGUGAGGACCCCAGAGCUCCGGUGACAUGUGGCUGCGCUCAGACACCAGCUACGUGGAGCAACAGGAAGGUUUACCUAGAGCCACUGUCCUCAGCCAAGUCUGCAGAGAGCUAGAAGCCUGCAGACUUCCACACCACAGUGAGGACAUGAGAACUCUUUACUGUCUGCCUUGUUGUCCUAUGGGGAUAAACAGGAUACUUCUCAGAGUGCCACAGGAUUUUAUGGUUGUU